AUGUCCAAAUCGCUCUCACCAUUGUCCUCUCUGUCUUCGGUAUCUUCGGAGUCGUCUGUGUCCUCGUCCUCGGAAUCGUCUUCGAAGUCAUAUCCAUAUCAAUCUUCUGACUGGGCCUCUGAAACCUCUUCGGAACCGUCCUCGGAAUCGUCCUACCAACCCACCACCACGGACUAUGAAACCUCAUCAACGUACUCCCCCGAGCCCAAAAUCCGUAGCCACGCUGCAAUGCCCUUGACUCAAGACCAAGUGGACACGCUUCGUAAUAGGUUCGAGUACUGCUCCAAGAUGCCGAGCAAGAAAAUUCGCGAAAUAUGGGCAGAGCAAAUUGGGCUACCUGGUCAGGAACAAAAGAUCCGCAAUAAGUACAGGAGUGAAUCCAACAAGGGCGGCGAGAAGGCCGAAGGGCUUUCGGAGGAGGAUUUGAUGGGCGCGUCGAUUCUUGCUGGAAUUAUGUGUUCUGCUAAGAAGUAUGCUGAUGAGUCGGAGGCUUAG